AUGGUCCACGAGGCGACGCGGGCGUGGGCCGAGGCCGCGAUGGAGGACCUGGGCGCGGCGUGCCCGGGCGAGCCGCGCGGCUGGUGCGCCUGCGGCGAGCCGGAGGCCGGGGCGCUGAACUUCAGGGACACGGCGGGCGCCUGGCAGGGCACGCUGCAGGAGGGCAGGAUAUUCCGGUCGUCGCAACUCUACACCGCGCAGGUGAUCAACAAUAACGGGAUAAAGACCAUUGUCGACCUUCGCAAGCUGAAAGAGCCCUGCAAGAGGGAGAAUGACUUGACAGCUUCUGUACCUUCUCAAUGUCGAGUCUGCUGCAGUCAAUGGCAGGCCGACGGAAUCGCAAACCCACGGGUUUUGCAUGUGGAUCUGAUCAGCUUGACUCUGAAGAUGCACAUUGUGGCAAAGAUGUCCUGCAAAAUGUGGUGGGAGGUUGCAAAAACAGUCUACAAGGGGGAUGACCCAGCCACUGUCCUUUGUCCUGCCAUUGCGGACAGCCAGCUGUUUGGCUUCAGGUGGUUCUAUGCUGCCAUCCUGGAAAAGUCUAAGGACAACAUAGCAAAGGCCAUGCGGGUUUUUGCCCAGGCAUCCAACUACCCCAUCUUGGUGCACUGCAUGCAUGGCAAGGACAGGACAGGAUUGGUUGUGAUGCUGCUGCUGAGUGUGUGCGGGGUGCCGAAGGAGUCCAUUGUGAAAGACUACACAGAGUCGGACCAGCAGCUGAGGAAGGGGAAGGAGGCCAAUGAGCUGAAGAUGGCAGACUAUCUUCAGCACGACUCUGUCAUUGCUGCGCCUCCAAAGGACAUCGAAGGGACGUUGGAGCACAUAGAAGAGAAGUAUGGAUCUGUUGAGGGAUACCUUGAGAGUUGUGGGGUGACGCCCGAAGAGAUUCAAAGGAUUCGGGCGAACAUGGUGCAUGAAAGGAUGUUGGUGUGCUCCGAGAGUGAGCCCCUCAAGUCCUCUGACGGCAGCGAAUUGCUCAGCUCAGAGCCCAGCGACAGUGAUGCAGGGCCCUUGGACUCGCAUGAUGGGGUGAGCUCGCAGCUGCACUCCCCCCACCGAUCCAGGGAGCACAGGUCCAAGAUGAGGCACAUUGUGCGCAAGGCAUAUCGGAAAGUUGUGGGGCUGCAGGCAAGUUCCAGUGCAGGGGAUGCAUGCAUUCCAAUCUUGCGUCAUAGCUCGAGUGUCCCCAAUGUUCAUCUUCAAGACGACGAAGGGUCAGGCGACGAUUGA